AUGGACUUCCAGCUCAGCCAUGUGCAACCCAGCGGCGCGUGCAGAGUGCUCCUCCGCGAUCCCUUGAGCCCCAGGAAGGAAGUUGCGGAAGCUGCCUCUGCUUUGAACCUUCUCAGGGUUUGGAUGGAGCAGCCGCCGGUCAAGAGAGCCCGUCUCCUUGAGCCGGCUUCCAUGGCAGCCACGCCUCAUCAGUACUUCCAAGAUGUAGCGGUGGAGCUUUGGAAGCCUGCGAAGAAUUUGGACAGCUUUGAUGUCAGCCGUGACAAGCUGUUGGGAGAGCUGGCAGCCGGAGGCCCCCUGGCACCGGAGCUAUUGCCGCGGGUGGGCACAGAGGUGGCGGGUCGCAUGCCACACCAGCAGGAGCUUGAGAGCGACAGCAUGGACCUGGAGGUGAUAACUGACCAUGGCGCUGUCAAUCGUCGGUCACCGGAAUGGACGCUGGAAGCAGCCACAUGCCCAGCUGCUGGGCAGGAUAGGCAAAGCAAACUGAAGAGGAUGCAGAUGGAGGGCGCAGCGUUCCUCUCGAAGCAGCUCGAGGAGCAAGCUUUCCAGAAGGCGGCAGAGAAGGAGGAACAGCGAAAACGCUCUGCGCCCAGAGUGCGUCGAGGCCGAGAGCGUUCGGAUCAAGAUGCUGCAGCUGCUAUGGAGGAGGAGAGGCAGCAGGCAGACGAAAAUGCCGCCUUUCUCCAGCAGCAAAUGAGUCAGAAGGCCCUGCUAGCUGAUGUGUUGCAGUUUGCCACCAAGCUGGCGAAGGACCACAUGACGCAGGCUCCGCUGCCUUUGGUGGAGCAAUCGAUGAACAAGGACCCGCCGGGCCGGUACGCCCACUUCGCAGGAGAGAUUGGCACGAGCCAAGCGGCCUGGUGCUACGUGCAGCUAACGGGCAGUAAGGGCAAGGCCGUUCUGCUAACAAGCCUGACGCAAGAUGCUGCUGAACGCGCCGUCGAUCAGCUGAGAUCGUCAGGCUUUCUGGCAGAGGUCGAAGCCAUGCCUUCCAAGAAGGAGGAGGCUUGA